AUGACGCCAUUUACUGGUGGAAGGAACCUCAUGACUUUCUCUCUGGAUGACAGCGGAGCCGGGCUAAGGACGACACAAAGGACCACACAGUUUGUCCCAGUCGCCAGUGACGAGGUGACGAACAUGUUCAAGCUGGUCAACUUCGUCAUUCUGUGUGGUCUGCUCAGUCCCUUCGGCCUCAUCUCCAACGUCAUCAACAUCGUGGUCUUUGUGAAGCUAGGGUUCCACGACAGCAUGAACAUUAGUCUCAUGGGCCUGGCCGUGUCUGACCUGGUGUCCCUGGUGUCCAUGGUGUACAUCAGCCUCUCCUACAACCCGCUCUUCGUCAACGCCGGCCUGCCUUUUGACCCCCUGGGCGUCCAGUACAUGGUGGGGGGCGGGAUCCAUGUCUGUUUUGCCAGAAUCACAAGCCUGAUCACCGCUUUCAUCACGUUCGAGAGAUGCCUGUGUAUUGCCAUGCCUCUCAAGGUCAAGCUGAUCAUCACCCCCACAAGAACCAAGCUCAUCAUCUUCUCUAUCUUCGCUGUCAUGUUCGUCGUCUUCUCACCUUUCUACUUCGUCAACAAACUCACCUGGGAGCUCGACGCGGACCGGAAUGCUACAAUCCUCACACACACGUUUACAGACGAUAGAAUAAUUGUGGAAACGAUCACGUUUUUGAUCCACGGUGUCAUUUUCUCCGUGUUUUGUUUUGUGCUCAUCAUUUGUUGUACCGUAAUUCUCGUGGUCAAACUCAACAGUAAAACAAAAUGGCGGGAAGCCACUGCUGCCAAGGGCGUUAAUGCACCGGAAGGAGUAGGGGUCAAAGACAAAAGGGUCGUAAAAAUGGUGACCUUCAUCUCGUCCAUCUUCAUCGUCUGCUUUUUCCCCGCAACAGUGAUACUUUUGGCUUUAGCUCUAGUGCCUGACCUGGGUUAUGGUGCGAAAUAUGAAAAUAUGUGGUUUGUCUUAUGGUCUAUUUCCUGUUUAACGGAAACUGUCAAUUCCAGCGUGAACAUUUUAGUGUAUCUGAAAAUGAGUUCAAAAUUUAGAGCUGUGUUUAUGAAAACUUUCCUGAACAGGGAAGAAAAAUAA